GUGGACAGCUCCCGCGAUACGAGUCUAACCUCUUCUGUACAGUAUUUCAGCAGUUCAACUCGAUACGAGCUAGGUCACGGAGCUGCACUCCCUUGAGGAUUCAUCCAGCGAUUUCGCACCAAUUGCUUCUGUUCAGGUUCUUCUUCUUAGUUUGUUUUUUCAGACGCAAGUAUUGGCCGCCAUGUCUAUUCCACCUGCUCGGAAAGUAUGAUUUCUUCGCCAACGCACGAUGCGGACCACAAUGUAUGAAAUUUUUCGAAAGAACUCCGAGAUAGGGGCCAUCCUGCCAGAUUGUAUCCACUUUUAACAAUAUCGGGAAGUGCAUAUCACGCGGAGCAGAUUAGGUGACAUCAUUUGGGAGAAGAGACCACGUGGAAGCACACUUCAAAGUUUACGUAAUGAAGGAAGAGUCGCAGCCACUUAAAAACAAGAAGGAAGGGCGGGUCGUGGUGCAUCCAUUGUUGACUGAGUAUGGCAAACUGCACACUAGACAGCGGAACCUAUUCACUACCACACAUGGUCAAGAAGAAAUUUGUGGAGGUGGCGAGAUGGACCGUCUUCAAGGAGCCAAAAAUAUCUUCAAGCAAUCCACAUGUGUGCUUAAGGAACAACUGAAGGAAGCAGAUAUAACGAAUGAAGUAACCAACUCUAAUGCUUUCUUCAUUUUGGGGGGCGUUCAAGGCGUUGGUUUUAUCACGAAUUUCAAGGGCUUCAAAACAGAUUUGGUCAUACAUCUGAGCUGA